AUGCACGGGCGCCCGCGGCCCCCCAAGGGCGCGGUCCCAGACCCGGAGAAGGUUGCAGCAACGAAAAAGAAAGCUGCGAUGCUGCGGCGCCUGAUCGACGAGGUGCUGCGGCGGAAGAAGGAGGGCAAAGCCGACAAGGAGAGCAUGGCGCUGGCCGCGCAGCUGUGCGAGCUGUCUCCGGAGGCCUACACCGCUUGGAACUACCGCAAGGAGGUCCUCGGCCCGUCGCUGUCGGAGCCGUCCGGCUCGGACGCCUCCCGCGGCGAGGCUCUCAGCGCGGAGCUGGCACUCACCCAAAAGGCUCUAGAACGCAACCCGAAAGCCUAUUGCGCCUGGCACCACCGCCGCUGGGCGCUCGGGCUCGCCGACGCGGACGUCGCCAGCGAGGUCCCCCUCCUCGACAAGCUGCUGGCGAUGGACCCGCGCAACUUCCACGCCUGGGGCCACCGCCGGUGGGUCGCGGCGCGCCUCGGCCUGUCCCCUGCGCAGGAGCUGGCACAUACCAGCAGGCUUAUUGAACAGAACUUCAGCAAUUAUUCCGCAUGGCACUACCGCUCCAUGCUGCUCCCGCUCGUCCACCCCGCCGAGGGCCCACCGGCGGAGCGCAUGCCGGACUUGGAGGCGGCCCCGUCGGGGGGGGCCGCGCCGGCGAGGAGGGGGGUGUCCCGCGUGGCGCUGGAGGGGGAGUUGGAGAUCCUGCGUCAGGCCGUGUUCACGGAGCCCGAGGACCAGUCCGCGUGGAUGUACCACCGCUGGGCCCUCGCGUGCUGCAUGGGGCACGUCGAGGCGGCGCGGGCCCAGGGCGGGGCGGCGGAGGCGGACGCGCGAGCGUGGCUCGCCCGCGUCGUCGCCGGGGAGCAGGGCGCGAUGGAGGAGCUGCUCGCGCUGGAGCCGGACGCGAAGUGGCCGCUGCUGACGCGGGCGCGGCUGCGGGGCCUCGCGGCGGGGGCCGCGGGGGGGGGCAACAAGGGCGCCGAGCUGGACGGGGGGGGGGAGUACGAGCGUCUAGCGGGGAUCGAUCCGGACCGGCGCGGGUUCUACGCGGACGCGGCGGCGGGGCGCGCGCACGUGGUCACGCCGCCGCUGCUCUAG